CAACGCAAUGCCCACGUAUGGAAACGACAUUGACAUUGACAAUAUGGACUUCAAUCAUUCGUCAUUCAGGUUCAGUACUGUCGAGUGUCGAGUAGUGUCGAGAAUCGGGAAUGUGGGGAUUGUCGGGAAGGUAGAAGGAGAACCACACCAGCACUUCUAAAAAAGUAAAUAAGUACACAAACCAAAACCUAAAUAGUUUUUCUCUUCUAAAACUAUCGAAUCAACAUGGAGGACUUAGCUGUGGAAGUUUGCGGCGAAAACGGUGCCCUGUAUAAGGGUUUUAUAAUAGAUGUACUUGAAGAUGAGGUUCUCUUACAUUUUGAAGACAAUUGGCAGCCUGAUUCAAAAUUUCCAAAUGCACAAGUGAAAUUGCCUCCCAAACCUGAUUCUAAGGUGGAAUUCACAGAAAAUAUGGAAGUAGAAGUUUACUCUAGGUCUAAUUCCCAAGAGGCUUAUGGAUGGUGGAAAUCAAGGAUUAAGAUGAUGAAAGGCGAAUUUUAUGUGUUAGAAUAUGUUGGUUGGGAUACAACAUACACAGAAAUCGUGAGCAGUGAUCGCUUGAGAGUAAAAAAUAACAAUCCGCCAAUAGAUAAAACAACUUUCCUCAAAUUCGAGAUUGAAGUUCCUGAAGAUGUACGGGAAUAUGCGAAAAUUGAAAAUGCUCACAAGGAAUUCCAGAAGGCAAUAGGCGCUGGUUAUAUCAGUUAUAAUGCUGAAAAAUGUGUUUUAAUAGUGUUAUCUAAAACUGAAUCAAGUCGGAGACGUGCUGGUUUAUUACAAGAUAUGCAUUUCAGAAGUCUCUCACAAAAAGUGCUCUUAUUAAAACGAACAGAAGAAGCAGCCCGUCAAUUGGAAAGUACCAAAUUAGCGAACAUAGGAGGAUAUUCUGAUGAAUUCAUUGUACGAGAGGAUCUGAUGGGCUUAGCAAUAGGUGCUCAUGGAGCCAAUAUUCAGCAAGCCAGAAAGGUGGUUGGUAUUACGAAUAUUGAAUUAGAAGAAAACUCUUGCACCUUCAAAAUUCAUGGUGAGACUGAUGAGGCUGUGAGGAAAGCAAGAUCAAUGUUGGAAUACAGUGAAGAGUCUCUUCAAGUCCCAAGAGCUCUGGUGGGGAAAGUUAUUGGGAAAAAUGGAAGGAUAAUUCAAGAAAUUGUUGAUAAAAGUGGUGUGGUGCGAGUGAAAAUUGAAGGAGAUAAUGAACCGCAACCAACAAUUCCACGGGAAGAGGGACAAGUACCAUUCGUUUUUGUUGGAACGGUAGAGAGUAUAUCCAACGCUAAAGUACUUCUUCAGUAUCACCUUGCACACCUGAAGGAAGUGGAACAAUUGCGGCAAGAAAAAUUGGAAAUCGAUCAACAAUUACGAAGUAUUCACGGGUCCGCUUUAGGGUCCAUGCAAAGUUUAUCGAUGAAUAGACGGAACGACCGCGGAUAUCACUCAGAUAUGGAUGGAGGAAAUCGCUCAGGCAGAGGAAGUUCAAUGCGGGGCCGUGGAGGAAGAGGAAGAGGCAGGGGUGAUAGAUACAAUUCUGGUACCCGUCAUCAGACACCUGAUACAGCUGAUGAAAGAUCGCAUGAUUUUCCACCACGUUAUUAUGGGGGCCCAAGAGGAAGAGGACGCAGAGAUAGUCGAAGGGAUGAUAGGAGGCGCACCAAUGAUGAUGAGGAAACUGUUCUGGACAGUCAGGAUGUUCCUAGUGCAGAUAGAGUUAACAACCAUACUGCUCGUGGAAUGCCUGAAAUCCCUCACAAUGAGAACGGACCACAAGAAGGUGUGUCAAAGACCCAAAGAGACUCUAAAAAUCGAACCAGUCGACCUCUUCCACCAAGAAGAAACGAACUGAAGUUGAAGGAACCCUUGGUCAAUGGAACAACUGCAUAAAAUCGAAAUGCACUCUGAAUCUUCGUGCGCCCGAUUAUUUCAUAACCAAAAUUCUUUCUUUUUGUUAUUGUUGAUGUGUUGCAUAUUUUCCCAGUGUCAUGGUGUUUAUAACAAAGUGGGUGGUCUACUACCCCAUCUCGGAUGAGACCAGAGAGACUGUUGGGUUCUAUGAACCAUACAUCUUCAUGUUGUAAGACUGCUUAGUGUUAGUUUGGUUCAACCGUAACUAAUGAAGCUUAGUGCGAUAGAUGAAUAAUCAAUAUAUCGUGAAGGAUUUGUGACGACUUUUCUAAUUUUCAUACAUUGGAUAUUAGCGCACAUGAUGAUGUCUUGAGUUUAUAUUGUUAUGAAUUUAUUAUUGUGAUGUAUUCAAAAAGGUUGUAGUACAAUGAUAUCUGUUAGGUAAAGAGAUCAAUCACGUUUGUUAAUAUGCAUGGUGAUAAAUUAAAUAUUACUUAUACCCAUAAUUAUAUUGAUAACAAACGUGAUCUAUCUCUCGACAUCUCAACUGUCAUUGUACUGCAACUCACUUCAAUACAUCACGAUUAUGAUCAUUGAUGGAAAUCGGAUCCGUUGUAGCAGUAUGUAUUUGUACAUUUUAUUUAUUUUUUCGAUUAUUUCUCUUUACUAUCUAGCAAAUAGAUGGUUAAUUUUUUUUUCGCAUUUUGCAAUAUUAAGUGUGACAUUGUAAAUACACCUUGUUGCUUUUACAGU